CAUUCCCAUUUAUUGAGCUUGUGAACAUAUGGAAAAUAACUUGUAAAAUAGACUAAAUUUUGGGAAGAAUCAUUUGAUACUAGGUUUAUUAUCUAAUUUUUAUGUAAAAAAGAUUUAAAAUAAAGAUUCAUGAGAAUCGAAACGGGAACCAAGUGAACCAACUCGCCUGUCCAGGGUGUAAAUUAAUUUUAAGAGAUUUGUAGUUCUUUAUUAAAAAUGGAUAAUUAUAAGGGAUAUUUCAGAUGGGAAAGUGUUAAAUCAUACUUUACGGACCCAAGCCUCUUGACACUUGAAGUGUUAUUUAUUGUCUUGACUCUAAGUAAUGUUUAUGUGGUACAUACUCUGUUUGUUACUGUGCUCCCAGCUCCGUUAUUUGUUACGUGGUGGCAACUGGCUCAGGGGUUAUGGACUGCCUGGGUCCUUGGCGACUUUGGAGCUUCAUUCCCCAAACUGGCCUAUUUCCCCCCUGUAAACAUAGAUUCUAAGCUUUUGAAGGAAUUGUUCAUGCCGACAGUAUCGUACGUUGCAAUGUUAUCAUCAGCGAAUGUCCUCCUUUCAAAAGCUCCAAGCACUGCGGCAUUCCCGAUUCUGGCGUCUGGAGCAGUUGCAGCCCAUCAUGCAGCUCGUUUUGUUGCCUGCGGAGAAGAGUACAUGCCCCUGAGAUGGAAGGCAGUUGGCUUUCUGUUAUUGGCGUUUGUUCUGGGCGCUACAGAUUCGAAGGUUGCCCCAGGAAGCGUUGUUACCGUGGCCUGCCUUUACGCUCUUUUGGCUGCAGUUUUCAGAGCCGGAUGCAUGGAAAGGGCUCUACACGUCGUAAAUGGUAAGGGAAACGCGUUACACAACCAUCAGCACCUAAUUGGAGCUCUAUUACUCCCAUUAGCCAUAGUUUUUAGUGGAGAGUUCACAGUUUUGGUUCGGGAUUUACCAUUUGACCCCUUUGCUGCCAGGACUUGGCAAGUAUGGGGCUGUUUCUUCACGGUGGGAGCUCUCCCAUUUAUGAAAAAUGUAGUUUCAAACAGAUUAAUAAGACAAACUGGUCAGGCUCCUUGGAGAUGCCUUGAACUUGUAUCAGUUGCACUGUUGUUUGUCAUAGGCUCAGCCCAGCUUUCACCCUCAUGGCGCUCAGUGCUCGCAACUGUGUUUGUUCUUGCUGGAAGAUUUCUAGGAGCUCUUGACGUCGUAAAGAACAUGAGUCCAGACUCAGAACCAACUGAAAUGUAUAAUCAAGCCACAAAACCAUUCCUCGAGGAGGAACACUCUAGUACCCAUGAACUUGCAUAAAUAUACUUUAACAUCGUAACUUAUA